AAUUGGUGCUUUCAUUGUUGUGCUCAUGACGACUCCAACACCCACACCGGAAUCCGCUUCUCCCGCUCUCACUCUAGAAGAUCUUAUGCAUGCAAUCAUGGAUGCCCGUAAGGAUUUGCAUGCAACGAAGCUGAGGGUUGCCGAGAUCACGUCCCAGCCACAUCUGGACGCUCGGAUCACCACCAAACAGCCGUGCACCAGCUGGAAACCGCCACUGUCACAGUACUCCAACUCCGUGCCCGAUUCAGUGCCGCGCAUGCGGGUUCAUGCCCCACGCUUUUCCGGAGACGACCCAACGGGCUGGAUUUUUCGUAUUCAAAAAUACUUUGAUUAUUUUUUGACGCCAGAGCCGGAAAGACUCCAACUGGUGGCUAUGUUAAUCGAUCACCCGGCAUCCGAGUGGUUUCACUACUAUCAAGCAAAUCACUGCACGGCUACAUGGGAGGAUUUUUUGUUGGCCGUCCAACAACGAUUCGAUCCCAAUUACUAUGAAAACUACGUGGGGUUGCUGUCCAAACUGACCCAGACGACGACGGUAAUGGAUUACCAGACCGCCUUUGAGGCCAUUCUCAACAAGGUCUCUGAGGUGCCCGAAUCAACCCUUGUGUCCAUGUUCGUGGCCGGAUUGAAACGACCGUUACAACGCGAGGUUAACCUUCGUAGCCCCAGAUCGCUACCGGCUGCUUUUGCCCUCGCUCGGGAGUUGUCUGCCUGUCAUGCCGAAGCUGCCACGACCUACUCCUCUAGACCCCGCCGCGCGUGGAACCCUUCCCCCGCCGCCAGUACGUCGUCUUCAGCCCCUGGGAUCUUGCCUACUCCACGGCCAGUGGCUCCAAUUGGGAAAACAGCUGAUCGUGUCACCACCCCGAACCUGCCCAUUGUCCGUCUCACCAACGCAGACAAGGCGGAGCGAAACAAGAAGGGAUUAUGCUACGGCACAACGAACUGGGUAGCCGACGCCCUAUCGCGCCGUGAGGAGGACGCCGACCCUGCAGGGCUGUUUGUGACUUAUGCACGCCCGAUUCCCUCCCUAAUGUUGGAUAUACAACGCGAGAAUGCCACGGCACCGGAACUCCAGGACCUACACGAAGCUGUACGGACAGGGGCUGCUUCCCCAGACUACAUCAUCCACGACGGCCUCCUCUACUUCAAACAUCAAACUGGGGGGCUGCUCCAACCGAUUCCAAUCCCCGAUCGCGUAUGGGAGUCUGCCUCCAUGGACUUUAUUACGGGGUUACCCCCCUCUAGGGGCUUCACAGUGAUAAUGGUUGUAGUCGACAGGUUAACCAAGUACGCCCAUUUUGGAACCGUAUGCGCUGGAUAUGAUGCCCCGAAAGUUGCUCAGUUGUUCCUCGAGGUCGUCGUCAAACAUCAUGGAUUCCCGGUUGACAUCAUAUCCGAUCGAGACUCCGUCUUUAUGAGCCUUUUCUGGCGGGAGCUGAUGCGUUUGAGUGGUACCACAUUGAAGUAUAGCACGGCUUACCACCCCCAAACGGAUGGGCAGACAGAGGUUACAAACCGCAGUUUGGAACAAUAUCUUCGGGCAUUCACCCACGAGCGCCAGCGCCGCUGGUCUUUGUUUCUCCCAUGGGCUGAGUUGGCCUUGAAUUGUUCCCACCACGACACCAUUGGCAUGUCCCCGUUCCAAGCUCUGUAUGGUCGCCCGCCGCCCUCCAUGUUUCCCACGUUGGCCGCCUAUGCUCGCACACCAGCGAUUGAGGAAUUACUUUGCGACCGGGCAACCAUGUUGGACGAAUUAAAGCUCCAGUUAGUGAAGAUGCAGCACCGCAUGCGUGCCCAAGCCAAUCAACAUCGUCGGGACGUUUCUUUUAACGUUGGGGACCUGGUGCUCCUCAAGCUCCGGCCGUACCGCCAGCAUUUGGUAGCCCGACCCGCGUCCUACAAGCUCGCUCAACGCUAUUAUGGUCCAUUUGAAAUCAUGGAGCGUGUCGGGGAGGUUGCCUACCGCUUACGCCUUCCGGAGGGCUGUCAAAUUCAUGACGUGUUUCACACGUCGUUACUCAAACCCUUCGCCGCAGCAGGUCCGACCUUGCCUCAACCAUCCCUGCCCUUGGAGUUCUUCAACGGCAGACCCAUAUCUCGACCAGCAGCUGCCCUGGAUCGUCGCACUGUUUUGGUCGAAGGUGUUCCCCAGGACCAAUGGCGCAUACGGUGGGCGGAUGGGUCGCAGGACGACGACACUUGGGAGCCCGUUGAAGAAAUGCAGCGCCACUUUCCUGAUCUCCGUCUUGAGGACAAGCCGGCUCUUAACCCCGGGGGAAUUGAUACGGCCAAGGCCCCGCUAACACAAGACGAAGGAACAAUUGCAACGCGACGUUCAUAGAGGAGCGUGGGUCCGCCACGCAAAUAUCAAGAUUAUGUUUAAUUUUAUUUUAAUAUGGCUAAUUCAUUUAUGUACUUAGAUUUUCUUUAGGUGGACGAAUUAUAAGUCCCUUCAAGGGUUUUCUUUUCGGUUCUUUCCCUUGACCCCUUUGUUGAACCGACAGGGUAGUUAACUUAGUUCUAGUAGGAUUGGAGAACUCUACAUUAUUUAAGGAGGAGGUCUCCUUCCCUUAAACUAUCAGAAUACAACCAGUAUUUUCUUUUGUUUUCCCAUCCAAAAUCAUUGAACCAAAACCAAACAUAGUGCAAAAGAACCUGCGACCCUUCGGCAGUUCGGCGACAUCGCUGGGCAGAAUUCGGCGACACUUCGCAGACGUAACUUCACAGCACCCAACCUGAGACUGAACGAGGAAGCUAGGGUUUCCCGCUGCACUUCGAGGCUGUUAUCGGCGCUGAAGCCGCUGGUGGUUUCCAAGAAUGCCAUCGCUGCGCUGAAGUUUUGUCGGCGUGGAAGUCCAAUGCCACCGCCGCCGCGCUGAAGUCCUUGUCCGGUCGGACAACACAGUACCGCGACCUAUCUACCAGUUUUAUGCAUUGGAAGGAAUGAUUAUUCAUAUUUCUGGCUGCUUUAGAUUGUUAACGUGUAUCUCUAGAAGCCAAGUUAUUGAACAGGUUUCAUAAAGUUUAUGACUUUCUAAUAAAAUUCAUAAAAAAUCUGUUAGGCCCCCAAUAGUAAUUUUUGCACAGGAAAAUUACAAACCCUCUCCAAUAUUUAACACUCACAACUUAAAAUCUAAUACACAAUUAUAUAGAUUGAAGGAUUGUGUUAUGUGAUGGAAACCUAUACCCCCUCUCUAUUUAUAGGAUCCAAUCCCUCCUCAAUUUCCUAUUCCACCGAUGUGGGACUUUGAAAUAACACUCAACAAAUCUCUCCUUAAUUCAAAGUCCUACAUCAUUUGCGAUUUCUGCAGCAAUACUCCCAUCUUCAGAAUCUUCUGUCCAGCAGUACUCUUAUCUUCAGAGGAGAUCAUCUUCAUAAGUGAUCACAUUUGCGAAAGAAGCUUCCUUCGAUUUGCCCUUCUUCUCCUUUAGGAUAUGCAAGUCUUCCUUGAGUUCUCGACAACCGUUCUUCGUGUGAUCUAACUUUUCACAGUAAUAGCACCUAACAGUGCUCAUGUCUCUCAGCUGAGAUCUUCUCCCAAGUUGGUCACUCUUCUUCUUCCUCCCUUUCUCAACACUCAGAGCAGCUAGUUAAUGACUGUAACCGGAAGACUCUUCACCUCCCAUCAUCCUUUGACUCUCCUUCAAGGCAGUCGUCACCUCAUCUAGUCGCAGUGUAAUGGUAAAGUGUUCCAACAUGCAAGUUAGUUUUGUUGUUAGCCUUUGGAUUCUUCUGUCUAAUAUUCUGGCUUGUGCUGUUUUAUAUGGUGUAGAAUGCAAAAAAUGAGGCGGAUGCGGUGGCCGAUAGACUUGAAGGGACUCAAUCUAAAGUUAAAGCUUUGCGAUCUAUGACACAAAGAAAGAAUGGUUUUGACCCUGAAUGAAAUGGUUUGUUAGAUUGUUACUACGGUGUUUGUAAUGGAUAUGCGCAAAAAGAAUGCUAUGUUUGGAUCCCCUUAUGGCCUUAUAA